UUCACCAUGCAUUCAAAUGGAAGUGCCGAAUUCGUAUUGCCGAAAAUGUCCUUUUCCUCCAAAAAGAUGAAAAAGCAGGAGCCGGCCGGUAAUUUUGUCAGCUGUAGUAAACUGAUACGGAAGUUUAUCAGUGCAACGGACGACUUGCCACUGGUUUUCGACACACCUAAACCAAAAAUCAGCUUAACAAAGGAGACGACCCGAAAAACGAUCAUUCUAUAUGCGUUGUCCUGCCUGUUCGGCCUAAUAUUUGCUGUUGACUUGGCGGACAUUUUUUCUGGUGGAGAAUACGAACAAACGCCCUUUGGGCAGAGAAAUCCUUGGGUGUCACGCUUGGGAUUCUGCUCCAGUCAGGUGUCGCUCUUCAUUACCUGUAUCGGCUUGACCUUUUUGAUAAAGCACUCCACCCAGAUCAUCCAGUGCGCACGUAUACUCGACACGCUGUCGAUGACUUUUAUGCCAUAUCUACCCAAAUACAGUUUACUCCAAAAUAAACUGUAUACUCAACGGUACAUUAUGGCUUUGAUAUUCCUGGGUUGUGGACGUUUCGCCUGUGCAUUAUGUUCGCCGAGCAUUCUGCACAAGUUCUGGACAAAUUCUACGUACGUCUGGAUAGCAUUACCAAAAGGUGCUGUUGUCCUGUAUAAUGAAAGCUGCAUGCUAAUCAGUCUGGCCGUCUCCGUCCCAGUUACAGCCUCAUUUACGUAUUUAUCAGGAAUUUUUAUACAGUGUCUGGAAGCAUUUAAUGCCGAAAAUAACGAUUUAUGUAUCAAAGUGCAUAAGCCCGAGUCCCGGGUGAACAAUGCAGAAAAGGUCAUGGGAACCGCCAUGCAGAAUUCCGGGAUAACGGUGGACCUGUUUUCAUCUAAACUAAAAACUCUUCGUAUUCACCAUGAAGAUCUGAACGAUACUUACGAUAAGUUACAGGAGAUUUUCGGGUUUAAAAUGAUCAUUGAUAUGGUGACCAACCUGUUUGCACUGCUGGCCGUAAUCGCGUGGUUCACAAUGACAUCGUCGGCAAAUCAGUGGAUGGCACCUGCUGUUACGUGGAUAUGGCACAGUGUUUCUAUUCUUAUUUAUCUUGGAACGAUUUGGAUGGUGGCAAAUCGCCCUUUGUUAUUGCAGCGAAAGCACACACAGAUGGUUGACAUGAUAGAGCAGCUCUUAUUUCAACGGCAACUUUCAACAACAUCGAAACCAAGUCGCGAAGAGAUCAUUGUCACUUAUGCACUUCGACAGCGUCUGCGGUCAAAGGUUUUAAGUUUCAGCGCUGGCGGCGUUUUGGAUAUACGCCACAUGGCGAUUUCGUUUGUAGCUGCUGUUGGAGGAUUCAUUGCAUUUAUGUGCGAACGCGUAUCCAACAUGGAAGGCAAACUACAAGACCACGAUAAAUUCGCAGCAGAAGUAGUUGCAAAUGCAACCUGUAACAAAUAAAAAUUUUAUUCACUAAGUCUCUGCUUAACUUGACAUAACCUUUUGAGUUACAAAAUAAUCAUCUGGGCUAUUCAAUCCCAGUUUGCGCAAUUCAGCGGAAGUUCACCAAACGAUGUUAAAACAAGACGGUGUUACUGUUAACAAUCUUCAUACCAAAAGGACU